GGGACUCAAAAGGGAAAAGCGGCAAGUGCGCUAAAUCCGGAAACUCAUCAUCGCUGGAUGAAACCACGGCAACGCAGCAGCUCUAAAGUCGUGGAGUCAUGGGUGUGGUGGUGUCAACACGGAUGACGACGAAGGCCGCCGGCGUCUUUGUGCUCCUGGUUCUGCUGCGAUGCUGCGUCGGCAUUUCCUCGGCGUUGGAAGCUCCCGAGAUGCACAAGAUGUACGUGGACUCGAACCUGAACCUGGGGGAAAAGGUGGACCUCAUGUGCUCGCUCAAGAGAGGGUCCCUACCAGUGACCUUCACAUGCUUCCAGGGAAAGUCCAUCCUCGUCGUGGACAAGAUCGCCAGGGAGCACAUCGGCAACUACACCUGCUCCGUACGCAAUCCGGCCGGCUCCGACAGCUACACCGUCAAGCUUUACGUGGAUGUGAAACCUAGCUGGACGAACGAACCGCAGGACACGUCUGCGUCAACCAGCUCGAACGUCGUCAUGCACUGCAACGCCUUCGGAUAUCCCAUUCCAAGCAUCCAGUGGAGCAGAGAAACAGACGGCAAGGACUUUGAGCUCAUCCGUGUGGGAGACCGCUACAACAUGGCGCCCAACGGCAGUCUCCAGAUCCGGUCCGUGCGGACAGACGACGCCGGUCACUACAGGUGCGACGUGAACAACGGUCACGGCAACGGUCUCUCCAAAGUCAUCGCACUCUCCAUUAGCUCGCCUCCGAAGAUCCUCGAAAGGGCUGAAGUGACAACAGUCAGGAGAAGUCACAGUGUACGUUUGAAAUGCGAAGCCACCGGCGAUCGUCCCCUGGCGGUGCGCUGGACAAAAGACCAGAGGCCCUACGAAGGAACACUUCGAGAAGGGUUUGACGUGAUUGAGCGCAAUCUGCCAGGAGGAGUGAUCUCCGAGCUGCUCAUCCAGAACAGCUCCUCCUCAGACACGGGGGCCUACACCUGCCAGGUCUCGAACAAGUUCGGCAACGCGACGGUGCUCAUGAAGCUCUUCGUGCUUGAGCCUCCAUCCCCUCCUGUGGGCAUCAAAGUUUCUGACCUCCGGAGCCGAACCGUGCGCCUUACCUGGCAGGCCCCCUACUCGGAGGUCAACACGUUUCACAUUCGGUUCUGGAAAGAAAACUCACAAAGCCGGAAGCUGACGCUGAUCACGGUGCCGGGCUCCGAGACGUCCGUCUACCUGAGCGACCUUCUACCCGGAACGGCAUACGGAGGUUACCUGCUCUCCGAAAACCGGGUCGGGAUGAGCGGACCUUCGACACCGCUCCACUUCACAACGAGCGAAGAAGCACCAACAGCGUCCCCAUUAGAUGUUCGAAUAUCUGGACUCGGUAGCACGCAUUUCAAGAUUGAGUGGAAGGCUCCGCCGAAAGACCACCAGAACGGCAAGAUCCAGGGCUACUACGUGGGCCACCGGCUCUACGACUCCCCGAUGCUUCCGUACACGUACCAGACGGUCACCGGCAGCGACAGCAGCCAAGCUCUGGUUCAGGGCCUCCAGCUAAACACCCGCUACUCCGCCGUGCUGCAGGCCUUCAACGCGGCCGGCCCGGGGCCGUCCUCUCACCAACUUGUCCUGACCACGCUCGAAGAAGAUCUGCCUGAGGCACCUCCGUUCUCGGUAACGCAGGUGACAUGUUGCUCGGCUACGCUGGCUAUAAAGGAGCGCCAAAGAAGAAGCUUAACACAAUACGUGCUGGACUACAGAGCCCGCGGCGGUGCCUGGCGUUCCAUCUACUUUCCCUCUCACACACGCUCCAUGUGCCUGGAGAGCCUGGACAGGAAGACCCCGUACGAAGUGACGCUGGCCGCUUACAACAUGCACGGCAGGGGCCAGCCUUCCGAUCCUGUCAGCUUCGCCACCACUUCGGAAGAGCCGGCGUCCACGAGCAACGGAACGGCGACCGGAUUCAACCUGCUCGAAGCUAAGGUUCUGGUUCCCGUGGUGGCGUCGCUGGUCAUCAUCGUCUCAUCGGUGGCCGUGGCCUACGUCUUCUACAAAAAGAUCGUGUCAAAGAAGGCGGAUCCGCCGAUCAUCUACCAGAGCACGACGCUGCGCAAGCCGUCUUGGGCGGACCGGGAGUACGCGACCAUCGCCCGCACCACCAUCCGGAGGAGGGUCGUCGAAGAAGCCUACGACGUGCCGUGGGACAUGGAGGAGGGAGCAGAACCCGCCCCGCAGAUCUUCGAGGACUGCUACACCUUGCUCAAAAAGAAGACACCACCCGAUGAACAGCGUCGAGUCCUGCACGACAGUGCCUGUGGUGGAGUGCCGGAACCGCCACCGAAACAGGGUCUAUAA